ACUCGACUCGUUAGACUCCUGACAAACAACAAAUGCGAAAGGAAAUAGCAGCGCUGUAUCAGGUAUCACCCUAUUAUAUGGGAGAGAACGAAGGGCUCUCUUUCUAUUUUUUCUCAGUUAUAUAUGUACUGCCAUGUUUGAUUCCAAGUCACCAUUCACCAAAUACAAAAAGAGAGACUGAACGUUCUUGGCCUCUGCUUGUAAAUCCACAAUUCUGUCCACAUCUCAAAACCAAUAGAAACAAUCCCAUCACAACCACAAUUGCCUUGUUUCUGUUUCUUGUGUGAAACCCCUCUUCACCAGAGUGGUUGGUCGUUCCUUUGUCAUUCAAGCUCCUAAGUCCUAACCCAACAACUCUCUUGUGGCUCUCAAUCACACCCAAACAUUCACUUCACGUUUUUCUUUUUCUUUUUCCCUGGAUUCUCUCAUCAGUCUCUCACCCCCAAAACACCCAUUAAAAAAAAGCCUCACCGAACACACCCCUACAAAAAAAGGAAUUUUUAGGGGGCUUUUUCUAGGAAAUGCUCUGUCACUUUCUGAUUUGAUCACUUGCGUUGGGACUUAACUCUCUAUCGAAUUCGAUUCUUUUUCAUUGUAUUGCUUUUCUAAGAUGGGAGACGUAGCUAAGGACUUAACAUCUGGGACUGUUGGUGGAGCAGCACAGUUGAUAGUUGGGCACCCUUUUGAUACCAUCAAGGUUAAGCUUCAAAGCCAGCCUGCUCCACUCCCUGGGCAACUACCCAAGUAUGCUGGUGCUAUGGAUGCUGUCAAACAAACUUUAGCUGCUGAAGGCCCAAGGGGUUUGUAUAAGGGUAUGGGGGCUCCACUUGCCACUGUGGCAGCCUUUAAUGCUGUCCUUUUUACAGUGAGAGGGCAAAUGGAGGCCUUGUUGAGAUCAGAACCUGGUGCCCCCCUCACAGUCAACCAGCAGGUCGUUUGCGGCGCUGGGGCUGGAGUUGCUGUUUCAUUCUUAGCUUGCCCCACUGAGUUGAUCAAAUGCAGAUUGCAAGCCCAGAGUGCAUUGGCAGAUUCUGCCUCAGCAGGUGUGGCUGUGAAGUAUGGAGGGCCGAUCGAUGUAGCCGGGCAUGUUCUCAGGUUAGAAGGUGGCAUAAGGGGUCUCUUCAAGGGAUUGGUUCCCACCUUGGCGCGUGAGGUUCCUGGAAAUGCUGCUAUGUUUGGUGUCUAUGAAGCACUGAAGCAGUACAUGGCCGGAGGGCGAGACACUUCCAAAUUAGGAAGAGGCUCUUUGAUUGUGGCUGGAGGCUUGGCUGGAGCUUCAUUCUGGUUCUCUGUCUACCCAACUGAUGUCGUCAAGAGUGUGAUCCAGGUAGACGAUUACAAAAAUCCCAAAUACACUGGCUCCAUAAAUGCCUUCAGGAGGAUAUUAGCUUCCGAGGGGGUGAAAGGCCUGUACAAAGGGUUCGGUCCUGCCAUGGCACGAAGUGUCCCUGCUAAUGCAGCAUGCUUCUUGGCAUACGAAGUGACAAGAUCUAGUUUGGGCUAAUCAAUUAUUGUUGCACUGUGAUUCCACACCAAGAAUUGAUAAAAGUUUGCCAUUGUUAAUCAUAUUGCUUUUACCAAAGGCAUUUUCUCUGUCAACAAAUUAUAAUGCUUGAACGAAGUUUUGGCAAUAUGGUGACUGGGUCUCCAUUCUUCAAGAUUUCUGUUACUUCCAUUGACUGGAAAAAAACAACAUUCUUUCAUGAAUUACCCAUAUUUAAAUUUACUCCUUGC